AUGGAUGAAAAGGAUGCCUGUCAUUCUUGUUUGACAGCAAUCAGGGUGCUGAGAGUUUCCCUCGUGGAUGAACUCGAAGGGCGGAUCACAUCUGUGCUGGAAAUCUUAGUAAGUCGGGAGGUGUUCACUCGUGAUGACCGUGAGGAGGUGCUGUGUCAGCCGGGGCCCCGGGCAAGAGUAAGAAAGGUGCUGGAUAUCCUGGAGUGUAAAGGCGAGGAGGCAGCUAAGACUUUUCUCUCAGUUAUUCAUCAACGUCAUCAACAAGCGCAGAGGCACUCCAAGGAAGGCGACGCAGAUCAGCCUGAGUCCACAGAGUACGUCAAAGUCAGGCAAAAACACAAGGAUGUCCUCAGGCGCCGGAGUGAGAGCAUGCUCUUCUACAACACUCGACAUGGGGAGAAAAUCCUUUUUUCUGAACAUUACGUCAAUCUCUUGCUGGUCGACGGACACCAGGGGCUGGAGCUGAAAAGACACGAGGUUCUGGCGUUCGGACAAAACCGACUAUCUUUGCAGCAGAAGUCAGGGGAGCACAGGAAAAUUGCACCAUCCAAACUCUUUGCAAGCAUAAAUGAAAACCGUCCAGUCAAGAAAGUUCUGGUGACGGGGGUGGCUGGUAUCGGAAAAACCAUCCUGGUGCAGAAGAUGCUGUUCGACUUUGGGGGAAACAGGGCCAAUCUUGCAUUUGACUUCAUCAUCCACAUGACAUUUAGAGACCUGAAUCUGAUCGACAAACCUACAAACCUCCGGGAGAUGGUGCUGCGUAAAAACAGGCACCUGGCUAAGGAACUGGACAACAUUUUAGCCAAUGACAACAAACUGCUGAUCAUCUUGGAUGGCUUUGAUGAGUUCAGACACUACAGGAGCUGUGAUGUAGACAUAUUUGUGACUGAGCCAGAUGAAGAUGCAGAGGUGGUGGAGGUCUUUGGGAGUCUGAUGCAAGGUGAACUGCUGCCCAACGCUUCUGUCAUGCUCACAAGUCGACCCGUGGCUAUCAACCACAUCCCUGUGGGUUGCAUCGACCGCUUUGUGCUCAUUGCUGGCUUCUCCUUGGCUGAAGUUCAAGACUUCUUCUCGCGUUACUUCCAAGACUGUGCCCUUGCUGACCGAAUGUUCGCCGUGGUAUCAGAGAACGAACUAAUGCUGACGCUCUGCUACAUACCUGCUUUUUGCCACAUUGUGUGCUGCAUCCUCAAAGACAGCAAGGACCUCUGUGGGGAGAGCCCCAAGACCAUGACAGACAUUUAUGUGCAGUAUCUGGUGGCCUUGCUUCGUUCUCACACUCAAGCAAGAGCAGAAACAUUUGUUCGAGAGCAAAGAGCAGGGCCCGUCCAGCAGCUGUCCGACAUUGUGCUCAAGCUGGGUCGACUUGCCUUCCAAAAGCUGAUGGAGCAUCAAACACUUUUCUACAGCAGCGACCCCGAUGUCGCCGCGUUAGAGGGAUGCAGCCUUGUCAGCACCUUUCUAGACAAGACAGUGGCACAAGAGCCCGGGUGCAUAGAGGAGGUUUACUCCUUUGCGCACCUGACUGUUCAGGAGUUCUUUGCAGCAGUUUAUUGUGCGGUGACAGAUCACCCCUUAUCUGAUGCACUUCAACACACCACAAAUCCUGCAGAGGGGUCCAACUAUGGACAUUUGGACCUUUUCAACCGUUUUCUGUCUGGAAUCCUUUCUGAACGUAAUGCUAAUCUUCUGUCGAGGCAGGUGGGGCUGUGUUGCCAUAAAGAAAAAGUGGAAACCUUUCGUCAGAGGAUCAUCAGUGAACUUACAAUGCUCUGUGAAAAUGGGGCCCAUAUCCUUAACCAUUUACACUGCCUGUUUGAGCAACAGGACUCCUCUUUGGCCCUUGCUGUACAACCAAGGACACUACGAGUUAACGUUAGUGAUGAAACACUCUCCCAAAUGGAUUACCAUACCAUCAAGUACUUCCUAAACCUUACAAAGGGCAAAAUAUCAGAGCUGGAUCUGACAGGGACGGGAGUAAACUACGAGGCACUUCGAGAUAUUCAGCCCCUGCUGCUCAGAUGUGAGAGUCUUUGGCUUGGGGAAAACAGUCUCAGUAUGGACAAAGUUCAGGUCAUUGCUGAUGUACUGCAAGUGUCAGAAUGUAUAGUCCAUCUAGGACUUGGAUGGUCAAACAUUGGUGAUAAUGAGCUAAAGGCUCUUUCUAGUGCCAUACGGAUGAAAAGAAAGCUUCAAGAAUUGUGGUUGGAGGGAAACCAUGUUACCGACAGAGGUCUGCUGUCACUCAGCGAUUUGACCCCAGAUCCUCUGAAAAAAGUUGUAGCCAUAUGGAAUGACCUGACCGACACAGAGUCCUUGUGUGCUAAAGAAAGUGUAACUGUGAACUUCACAGAUGACGAUUCAUGGGAUGCAUGGGGGGCAUGGGUCUUCACAAGGUGUGAGGUCAGCAGCAAUGAGAAGUUAGUGACUGUACUCCACAAAGUGUGCAACAUAUCUGUCCACUGCUUCGAAGUCCAGUGGGCGAAGACCUUCUACAAAAAACUAUCACAGCUCAUCAAGCGCAGGAUUGAGAGCUGCACCGAGGACGAUACGUGCAAGAAGCUCAAAAAGUUUGAGAGCAUUUUGAACCUCUGACAAACGGAUAUCUACACCAUCUUCAAGUUAUACGCUUCAUGUGAAACAAAUUGAUUGUGGAGGACGAAAGGGAAAAAACACUGUAUUGUUAGAGCCUGGUUAAUGCAGAAGUAGUCUUCCUCAUGCUUAAUGCACAAAAACAAUUACUUCCUCAAAAACAAACAGAACAUGUUUUACUGUCAAGUUAAUCUUAAUUAAAGCCACCCUACAGUUUACUGAGCGAUUACUAAAAUGUCCACAACCAGUAUCAUGAUCAUUCAGUAUUUUAAAAAAGGAACUCAUGGCCCGUACGGGGAUCGAACCCGCGACCUUGGCGUUAUUAGCACCACGCUCUAACCAACUGAGCUAACCGGCCACGUGACAUCACGAUAAUACAAUAUCUACUGAUAUCAAGGUUACGCGUCACAAUAUUUUCUUUGCGUACUGUUAAGAGACGUCUUUUAUGAUAACCUACAAUUAGGUUCCUCUCUUCCACCCCAACACAUAUCAUGAAAAAUAAUAAGAGAAAGGAUUAGGUUGAAAAAAGAAAACACACCUCAGAAUAUGUUGGCUAACCUGAACGUUACUGGAAAGGGCUAAUUAAACAAGAGGGUGGUUGCCUUACACUCGGAUGUUGUGUUUUUCCUCUUCCAAAUAAUAGCACGAUAUAUGUCAAACACAAGUGAAACUAUUUAAUUACGCAAAAUGAAAAAUGUAUUUACAUUUUACACAAUUUCCAAUUACCUAUUUGGAAUGUUUUAAAAUAAAAAUUGAGGUUCCUUUUUGAUAUUUAUGAUAUUGAACUGUUUUAUUAUUAUUUUAAUUUUGAAUGUCAAUGCAUCGACUCUUCGCAUUCAUCUACUCUGAAGAGCAUUGAAUGCUGUUGUU